GCACUUUAAUCGUUGUUGCAUUUCAAUAACAUUUCUACCACAAGGAAAGGCGUAAUAAAGAGUUUUCAACAGUAAAACUCUUAUCUAAUCGAAAUAAAACAAAGUAUUUGUUUAUAAAAACACAUAAUCGGUACAGUGCGUAUAAAAGCAGUUGCAUUCAAACACAAUUCGGAUUUUUUUGAUUAGAACGAAAAGUCACCAUGAAAACUGCAAAUCAUGCAGUUUUAACUGCAUUGGUAAUUGCAUUAAUUGUAAGCAUAUGUGAGGCCAAAGAACGCCCUAAAUAUCGUAAAAGUUUUAUUAAUCCAUAUCCAAGAUUUGAAGCUUUUCACGAUGGUGGUGAUCCAGGCGAGCCACUGUUUCUUACGUCCCUAAUCAAUGACCCAAAAGUAAAACGACAAGAUAUACGAGAAAAAGCUAAAGUAGUGGGUACCCAGUAUCACGGCGUAGAAAGUUAUGCUGGGUAUUUGACGGUCGAUCCAAAGUUUAAUUCCAACCUGUUCUUUUGGUACUUUCCGGCUGAGCAAGAUCCUGGCUAUUCUCCUGUUGUUUUGUGGCUUCAAGGUGGUCCUGGUGCAUCCUCUUUGUUUGGACUUUUUACCGAGAACGGUCCUUUUGAAUUCGACACACAUGGAAAAUUACAAAAAAGAAAUUAUACCUGGAGUAAAACUCAUAAUCUUAUUUUCAUUGACAAUCCAGUAGGUACAGGAUUUUCUUUUACCGAUAGCGACGAUGGCUAUGCACGAAAUGAAAAGGACGUUGGGCACAACUUACAUGAGGCCAUGCAACAGCUCUAUGAAUUGUUCGAGUGGAGUGACGUGUCUGGAUUUUGGAUUACCGGCGAAUCUUAUGCCGGCAAAUAUGUUCCCGCCUUGGCUUACCACAUUCACAAAGUUCAAAAUUCUGUUGACACCAGAGUAAUAAUACCUCUAAAGGGUGUGGCCAUUGGAAAUGGUCUGUCAGAUCCUAUACAUCAGUUAAAAUAUGGAGACUAUUUAUAUCAGUUGGGUUUGAUUGAUGAUCACGGUUUAAAACAAUUUCACGAUGCGGAAGCCAAAGGAGUAAAAUGUAUUGAAAAACACGAUAUGGAUUGUGCCUUUGACAUUUUCGAUAACCUAUUAAAUGGUGACCUGGUGAAUGGUUCAUUGUUUUCUAAUCUAACUGGUUAUAAUUACUAUUACAAUUAUUUGCACACUAAGGGAGACGACUAUGGUAAAAUUAUGGGUGAUUUUCUCCAAUCCUCUUUGACUCGUCGUUCAAUUCACGUGGGAAAUCUUACGUUUCACGAUUUGGAUAGUGAAAAUAAAGUUGAAAUAUUUUUGAAACGUGACGUUAUGGAUACUGUAGCACCUUGGAUUGCUGAACUGUUGGAGAGUUAUAUUGUUUGCAUUUAUAAUGGCCAAUUGGACAUAAUUGUCGCUUACCCCUUAACUCGUAAUUAUCUGAAACAAUUAAAAUUUAAUGCAGCUGCGAUAUACAAGGUUGCACCACGUCAAAUUUGGAAAGUUGACGAUGAGAUAGCUGGUUAUGCUAAACAUGCUGGAAAUUUAAUUGAGAUUAUGGUACGUAAUGCUGGACACAUGGCUCCAACCGAUCAACCAAAAUGGAUGUUUAAUUUAAUACACCAUUUAACUCAUUACAAAAAGGUGGUAUAAAUCGUUAAGUAACACAUAAUUAAAAGCAAAACCAAAAAUAUGUAAUUUAAUGUUAUAUUUUUGAGAAUUGAAUUCGAAAUAAAUACAUAUGAAAUUUUAAUUAGAAUAA